AUGCAGGCCUUUUCAAGAUGUGCUAGACCGGCGAUGAAAGCUGCGGUGCGCAGACAGGCCUAUUCCUCCUCGACCUCCGCCUACACUGCGACUGCCGAAAAUUUGCGGAUCAACGGCGAGACCAAGGUCAUCUACCAGGGCUUCACCGGAAAGCAGGGAACAUUCCACGCGCAACAAGCAAUCGAGUACGGUACACAAGUGGUUGGAGGAACAAACCCCAAGAAGGCUGGACAAACACAUUUGGGUCUGCCCGUCUUCGCCAAUGUCGCCGACGCCGUGAAGCAGGCUGGAGCUACAGCUUCAGCUAUCUUCGUCCCACCUCCGCUUGCUGCCGCUGGUAUUGAGGAAGCCAUUGCUGCCGAGAUCCCUUUGGUUGUCUGCAUCACUGAGGGUAUCCCUCAACAUGAUAUGGUCCGAAUCACCGACAUCCUGAAGACGCAAGGAAAGACACGUUUGGUAGGACCCAACUGCCCGGGCCUCAUUGCUCCAGGUCAAUGCAAGAUCGGUAUCAUGCCAGGAUUCAUCCACAAGCGCGGCCGUAUUGGUAUUGUCUCUCGUUCCGGAACUCUUACAUACGAAGCCGUCAAUCAAACCACCCAAACCGGUCUUGGACAAUCACUCGUGGUUGGAAUCGGUGGUGAUCCAUUCUCUGGCACCAACUUCAUUGACUGCUUGAAGGUUUUCCUGGAGGACGAGGAGACCGAUGGUAUCAUCAUGAUUGGUGAGAUUGGAGGAUCUGCCGAGGAGGAUGCUGCCGAGUUCUUGAAGGAGUACAACACUGCCAAGAAGCCAGUCGUCAGUUUCAUUGCUGGCAUCAGUGCUCCAAAGGGUAGAAGGAUGGGACAUGCAGGUGCUAUUGUCAGUGGAGGUAAGGGAGGAGCCGACUCCAAGAUCUCUGCUCUUGAGGCUGCUGGUGUUAUUGUGGAGCGCAGCCCUGCAAUGCUCGGCAAGACCCUGCACGGAGAGUUUGUACGAAGGGACUUGAUUUGA